AUGGGAUUGCAAGAGCGCAUGAAUUGUAAAGGUCGGUUCAUCUUUUUCCUCCUCUUCUUUACUUUCGUGUUGACCGCACUUUCAUUCAAUGAUUUUCAACAGCGAAUGCAGACUGACGCACAAGCUUUGCUCCAAUUAAAAAUGUCUGUGAAAAUAGAUCCAACCUUUUCUCUAUCUAAUUGGGUAGCUGGAAAUUAUGUUUGCAAUUGGACUGGAAUAAACUGUAAUGAAAAAGAACGGGUUGAGAGUGUGGUUCUCAAAUACAAGCGACUUAAUGUCCAGAUUCCCCCUCACAUGGGCAACAUGUCUUUUCUUACAACUCUCGACCUCUCAAAUAAUUAUUUGUCUGGCCCCAUUCCCGCAGAGCUGAGUUUGCUGCACAACCUAGAAAGACUCGUGCUUGGUUCAAAUAAUUUGACAGGUGUCAUCCCACAAGAGCUGGAGAAUUGUUCUGCGCUCAAAACCUUAGACCUUGGUUGGAACCUUCUGACCGGACGUAUUCCCUCUAAACUCGGUGCUCUCAGGGCUCUAAGAGUACUGAACCUGGAAGGAAAUCGGUUUUCAGGAGAAAUUCCCAAGUAUCUAAGUAACUGCACAAGAUUGCGUUACUUGUUGCUGAGCAGGAAUAUGCUUGAGGGACCAAUUCCAGAGGAUAUAGGCUAUAAUCUGCCCAAGUUGCAAGAGAUUUCCAUGCACCGCAAUAAUCUAAGCGGCACCCUCCCUAAAUCAAUAUGGAAUUGUUCGGCGCUUUAUAUUUUUCGCACAGGCUAUAACAAUUUGAGUGGAGUGAUACCCCGAGAGUUGGGGUUGCUGAAUCGCCUACAAUCACUUGGGCUUGGUGUUAACCGCUUCCACGGAAUUGUUUUUCCUUUUCUCUUAAAUUGUACACAACUACAGGUGGUUAAUCUCGUACUCAACAGAUUUGAGGGCUCCAUUCCGAUAGAUUUUGGCUUGAAGCUCACUAACUUACAGAGGUUUUGUGCGGGAGGAAAUCUAUUAAGUGGGGAAAUCCCAAAGUCUUUGGGUAACUGUUCUCAGCUCUCAAUUGUUGAUCUCGGCGGCAAUCGGCUCAGUGGUGUGGUGCCCCAAGAUUUGGGAAUGCUAACUGCUCUGGAAAUAUUGUAUCUGGGUGGAAAUAAUUUGUCAAGUGGAAGUUCUGCGAAAACAUCUGUUUUUGAUACUCUUACCAACUGCUCCCAUCUCAGAGGUCUCGAUGUCUCUCAAAACCAUUUCAGUGGCACUUUGUCAGGGGGCAUAGGAAAACUUCCUCCCUCUUUAUCAGAACUGUACUUGAGUUUCAACAAUUUCACUGGCAAUAUACUGGAAGAAAUCGGCAACCUUACUGCGUUGACCAUUCUUUCUCUCGGCAAGAACAAUGUAACUGGCGAAAUUCAGAAAGCAGUAAGCCGUCUGAAGAAUCUACAAUGGUUGGACUUGAGCUCCAACAAGUUGCAGGGCAGCAUUCCACCGGAGUUUAGCAAGCUGAUAAAUUUAGCAUAUCUAUGGCUAGGGCUAAAUAAUAUCUCUGGAGAAAUUCCUUCAUCAAUUGGCAGUUUACAACAACUAAGGAAACUGGACAUCAGUUGUAAUGACCUAACAGGAAGGAUACCAGAUGCAAUUGGACAAUGUUUUCGUCUGGAGAUGAUUGACCUUUCAUACAACAGCCUCAUUGGAAAUAUCCCAAUGGAGAUCUCAAACUUCCAUUCACUGGCCUUCUACCUCAACUUUUCACACAAUUCAUUGACAGGAAGAUUGCCUUCACUGGGAGUAAUGCAACUUAUUCAAGCCAUAGAUAUCUCUGCUAAUGAACUCUCAGGACCCAUCCCUGGCGACAUUGGCAGUUGUGUGGAACUGCAAUACCUAAAUUUCAGCAAAAAUCAAUUGAAUGAAAUAGUUCCAACAUCAAUAGGACAGCUCAAAAGCCUUGAAGUCAUUGACUUGUCCUUCAAUAAUCUAUUAGGACCAGUGCCACACACUAUUGCAAAUCUCUCUUUGCUCCGCCUGCUGAAUUUCUCCUACAACAACUUGAAUGGAUUAGUACCCAAUCAAGGAGCUUUCAGAAAUCUAAGUACAACAUCAUUUUUGAGAAAUCCUAGAUUAUGUGCAGUCUCUGGCUGGUUGAAUUUACCAAAUUGCACAGGCUCUGCCGCGAUCCGUUCCAAUGGAUUUAAUUGGAAGUUUGUCAUGCUUGUUUCAAUUGGUACAGUUGUGGCAUUGUGUUGCAUUUUGGGUGUAUUUUACAUCCUUUUCAGAAAGAACAAAAGAGAACCAUUCAAAAAUAGUUUACUGGGAAGAGGUUUGAAGCAAAUUUCUAACCAGGAGCUUCACAGUGCAACGGAAGGAUUUAAUGCCGCUAAUUUGCUAUGGGCGGGUAGCUUCGGGUCGGUUUAUCGAGGACUGCUAUCUGAUAAUACAUUGGUGGCUGUUAAGGUAUUCGAUCAGGACCCUCCAAAUUCAUACAGGAAUUUCUACAAAGAAUGCAGAAUACUGAGAAAAAUCAGGCACCGCAAUCUGGUCAAAGUCUUGUCCUGUUGCUCAACACCAGGAUUCAGAGCUCUGGUACUCCAGUUCAUGUCAAAGGGAAGCCUCGAACAACAGCUGCACCAGGAUUGCAGAUUGAGUUUAGAGAUGAGAUUGAACAUUGCACUAGAUGUGGCGCACGCUUUGGCAUAUUUACACCAUGAUUGUUCUCCUCCCGUUGUUCACUGUGACCUGAAACCAUCAAAUGUUUUGAUGGAUGAGAACAUGACAGCCCAUGUUGCUGAUUUUGGCAUUGCCUGUCUAAUGACUUCCACCGAUUCUGCAAACAGCAGCACAUCUAGAUUGAAGGGAACAGUAGGCUAUCUUGCUCCAGAAUAUGGAUUGGGGGCACAAGUGACGACCAAGAGCGAUGUUUACAGUUUUGGAGUGGUCAUCCUUGAAAUGGUGACAAGGAGGCGGCCCACUGAUGAUAUGUUUACUGGAAACAGAACUUUGCCCAGUUGGGUGAGAGCAGCGUUUCCUAAAGCUCUGGACAAGGUUUUGGACAGAGAAGUGCAAGGUGAAUCAAAAGAGCAGGACAGUUGGUUAACUAGUUUGAUUGGAUUGGGGCUGCAAUGCACGAGAUAUAGUCCGGGGGAAAGGCCAACAAUGAGAGAGGUGGAGGGCAUACUGGAAAGGAUAGUGUAUGGCGCAUCAUACGGCAAUUUAGAAGGGCACCCAUCGGUGCAGAGUUUAUUGACAUCGGACAAAGAAUUCGACCAUCGAAAUAGCGACACAUCAUUUUCAUCCACGGAUGAAAGGGAAACCAGUUGA